GUCAACAAAUUUUUUAACACACGUCCUCGGAAUAUUGUUUUACUAAUUUUGAAUUGAUUUUUACUUAUUUCCAUCUGCUUUAAUAUAGAAAAAUUUCAGUAACACACAAUUCAUCAUUUCACACGGACCCUUUAUUCUUGUAUUCUCGAAAUUACAAAAAACAUGUCUUUCAAUUCGAUUCUCUGUUGUCAUCAAACACUGAUUCUCCUCAGUGUUUUGUUACUUUUCACUUCUUCACAUAAUUAUAAUAAUCUCUGCUCUGCAAACGAUGAACUAAAUAAUAGCACUCAUGGUUUCUUCACAAUUUCCAGUUUCACCUACCCUCAAACUACUCUUAGCCCCUUUGAUUUUCAUUAUAUUAGAGUUGAUAUACCGCCGUGGUUUUCUGCAGUCUCCAUAGCAUUGAAUUCAGAUGUAGACCUUGAUGUUACGAAAAUCGAAAGGGUUCCAAAAAGAUCACUGCCAAUAAUAUGCUUUAGAGAUGGAAGUCCCCCUCUACCAGAUGCUUUAAACACAUCUCUGAAAUAUUCAGCUAUCUCAGGAAUAAAUGGUCUUGAUACGGAGCAGUGCUUUCCUAUGGAGAAAAAUAUCACUAUGAAAUUGACUAAUGAACUGAUAUCUCCAGGUGCUUGGUACAUUGGUCUUUUCAACGGCAUCGGAGAUGCAAGAACACAAUCAAGGAUGAUUAUUCGAGGCACAUCGUACUCCUUUAGUGCCAAUAUAAGUGUGGAAGCUUGCACAAAUUCGAUGAUGAGAGGGGAGUUCUGUAACAGCACCGUCAAUCCACUUUCAUGCACAACAUCUGAUGUCUAUAAUUCUACGAAGGCGGCUACACUGAAGAAGCCAACGAUUGAAAAUGCGGUGACCUGCAAAAGUAACUUUGAAACUUUGUGUGUUCAGGAAGGCGUACCUAACUUAUAUUCCUUGGAUAUUAAUAAUGUGGUCGAAGAAUUGACCAUUACGGCUGAAAAUAUCAGAUUCAAUAUUACACCUUCAAGUAACGCUUCUAAUGCAAGUGAUGUUAAUUUAUUGUGUUUUGCUCGCCACGGUGCAAUACCUGCAAAUAGUUUGUAUGAUUAUUCCAGUGAUUUAAAUAAAGCCCCUCUGGUUAUUCGUUCUCCACUGAUCGGGCGUUGGUACAUUAGUGUAUUACCGGUUAAUCUUACAAAAAAGUUUGGAGAGACUCAUGACGGUGAUGUAAAAGUUUGCUAUUCUCUUGAAUCACAAAUGCUUCAGUGUCCACUUGGAAAAGCUGGACCAAAUUGUACAACGAGUAGCUAUGCACUUCAGACAGUUCUAAGGACAAGUCCAAUCCCGUUUGAAUCAUAUUAUUUGCCUAUUGGUGAAGGAGAAUAUUCUUCUGCCAAUUUUCCUCUCGAACCACUUUUAAAUAACUCAUCAAACUUAGGAGAAUCCAAUGACAUUUGGACUUAUUUUACUUUCGACAUUCCUCGUGGUGCAGCUGGCCGAAACAUUCACAUACGGCUAUCCUCAAAUACGAAGAUCAAUUACGAAGUUUAUGCGAGAUUCGGUGGAUUGCCUUCUGUUGAUAUAUGGGACUAUUAUUAUGCUAACAAGACACAGAAAAGCGACCAAUCAAUGUUUUUCAUGCUAUAUGAUUCGAACGAUAAUAAUGUUGAUUUUUACAUUAUUUAUGCUAGAGAAGGAACUUGGAGUUUUGGUCUAAGACAUGUCAAUAUUAGCAGUGAUUCUUUGAAACAGAAAACUAUCAUGUCUAUUUCACUUGAAGGAUGCCCGAAACAAUGCUCCUCUCAUGGAACCUGUAAAUCUUCUUUUGAUGCUACCGGAUUGACGUCAUACAGCAUCUGUUCUUGUGAUCGAAACCAUGGUGGCUUUGACUGUAGCGUCGAAAUUGUGUCACAUAAAGGGCACAUACUUCAAUCAGUUUUUCUGAUAGGAUCAAAUGCUGCAGCCAUACUUCCUGCCUUUUGGGCGCUUCGACAGAAGGCGUACGCGGAAUGGGUUAUAUUCACAGCCAGUGGAAUUUCGAGUGGAAUAUAUCAUGCAUGCGACGUAGGGACCUGGUGUGCAUUGAACUUCGGUGUUCUACAGUUUAUGGACUUCUGGCUCUCUUUCAUGGCCGUGAUUAGCACUUUUGUGUAUCUAGCUACCAUCGAUGAAGUAUAUAAGAGGGCAAUCCACACAACUGUGUUUAUCUUUACUGCUCUCAUGUCGAUAACUAAUGCAACCAGGUCUUCAAAUAUUGUUCUUGUGAUUGUGAUUGGGGCUCUUGGCCUUCUUAUUGGAUGGUUGAUAGAAAUGUCAACAAAGUAUAGGUCCCUUUCAUUUUCAUUUUCAUUUUCAUUUGGAUUCUCGCCAAAUUUCCUUCAAAGUUUGUUAACUAUAAAGCUAUGGUUCUAUAAUCUUGUGAAGACACUUUUGAGACGGUUCCAUUGGGGUUUGAUAUUGGCCGGAUUUGCCGCAUUAUUCAUGGCAGGAGUAAGCUGGAUGCUUGAAACAAGUGACAGCUACUGGAUUUGGCAUAGCUUUUGGCAUGCUACAAUAUACACAUCUUCUUUCUUCUUCCUUUGUUCAAAAGCAAAUAUUGUUGAUGCUGAGAAUCAGUUACCUAGAAGUGAAACCUAUGCUCUAACUCGUCAGAAUUCAUUUUCGAGAGAAUAGUUAGAAGAAUAUUAUACAGAAUUGGUAGGUGCAAAUAGCAAAAGGGAAUGUGAGGUAUAGUUUUAGUGUUAAGAUUUUUUGCACAGUCAAAUAAUCAUAAUCGUCAGAUCAUUAAAAACGUUUGACUUCAGUCAUAACUAUUUCUAUAGUCAGACACUCACACAUGAUUGACUGUGAUUUGUUGACAGUGUAAUUUUUUUAUACUGAUAGUAUGAAAAUUAAACUCUAGUUUGAAUUUUAUUUUUUUA